CAGCAAAUGCAGCAGCAGCAACAGCGGAUGCAGGCCCAAGCUCGUCAGCAGCAAAUAAUGCAGCAACAACAAAUGAUGCAGCAGCAGCAGCAGCAGAAGGGAGCGCACCCGGGACAGACGCAGCAAGGGCAUCUCUCUGCUCAGCAGGGGAACCAACCGAACCAGCAGAAUGGACAGCAGGCGCCCGCUGGCCAGCAGAACCCGCAGCAGCGACAAUUAGCGCAGCAGCAGGCCCAGCGUGGUCCGCAAGCUCCGACUAGCCAGCCCCAGGCCGCACAGCCUCAGCAGCAACCCCAGGGCCAGCAGCAGCAGCAAAAGCCGCAGCAGUCAGGACCGCCAACCUCUCGAGGUGAUACGUCUUCGUUAAGCCUGGACGAGUCGCUGUACGGUGGAAUGGACAGCAGCGGCUUGCUGCAGAUGCCGUCAAAUCUUGGGUCUACCGGGACGUCGUCCGGCUUCAUGAGCUUCUCGAACGACCUCUCGCCCACAAAUUUCUCUAGCAUGGACUUGCUAGAUAUGGACGGCUUCAUGGGACAGGACGGGGGCAACAACUCGGGCGGCUCUGGGCAGAACAACAGCGGCGGGAACAACACAAACUCCGGCGACGGAGGCGACUCGGACCUCAUGUUCAUGGAAGCACUUUGAAUCAAAUAGCCCUGAGUGAGUAUGCGUAUUAGUGGUUGCCAAAUGCAGUUGCUCUUUGAUGCAA